UAUUUUUCAUGAUAAUAAAAACAGCACUUUAACCUCAUAUUCAAAUCUAAUUUCAUUUCUCUUAAACCAACCAUGGAAACCCUUACACCCCCACCACUACCACCGUCCACCACCACCGCUGCCGCCGUGAAAACCCCGGAUCCAGAGUCGGAGCCACCACAAUCCAACACAGUCACAAAACAACUUCCACCACCGUUAACCACCACCAACGGCGUUUUAAAACGCCACAAGCCACUCCACCACCACCAGCCACCGCCGGUGGUGGUGGCCUACAAAGAAUGCAUGAAGAAUCACGCCGCCGCCAUGGGCAGCCACGCCGUCGACGGCUGCGGCGAGUUCAUGCCGUCGCCGACCUCCUCCCCCACCUACCCCACCUCACUAAAAUGCGCGGCUUGCGGCUGCCACCGGAAUUUCCACCGCCGUGAGCCGGAAGAGUCACUUUUCCCCUCCCCCACCACCACCACCACCCACCACCCACCCCUCCAACACGUCAUCGAGUACCAACCCCACCACCGCCACCACCCCCCUCCCCCACCCUCCCACCCACCCCCACCACCCUUAACCACCAGCCCCGGCAACUCACCAUCACCCCCUCCGAUCUCCUCCUCCUACUACCCCUCCGCCCCCCACAUGCUCCUCGCCCUGAGCUCCGGCGUAUCCCCUCCUCCGGCCGACACCCAUCACCACAUUUCUCCGAUCACCACCACCGGAACAAACAAAAAACGGUUCCGAACAAAAUUCACACAGGAACAAAAACUAAAAAUGCACGAAAUAGCGGAACGAGUGGGAUGGAAGAUGCAAAAACGCGACGAAGAUUUAAUCAUCGAAUUCUGCAACCAAAUUGGUGUAGACAAAAAUGUGUUCAAAGUCUGGAUGCACAACAACAAAACCACUUUCGGAAACAAAAAAGAUUAUCCCAACAACGAAACCGGUUCCCCACACGAGGGAAUCGACUUCAUCAUGUCACGAAACAACCCUCCGCUCCACAACCAUGACCAAGAUAACCACAACAACACCACCACCCCCCACGGGCUGCAGCUACAUAAUAAUAUUAGUGAUAGCUUUGGCGGCACCGUGGGGAAUGUGAUAGGCCCAAAAGGUUCAUCAUCAUCUUCUUGAUCUCAAAAUGUUUGUUGAUUAAUUCAAUUUCUGGAUUAAUAAUUAUUAUGUGUUUAGGGAUAAUGAUGAUCAUGAUGACAAUGUUCCAGAAGUUGUGCUUACUUAUAUUAGAAGUUGGUUAAUUAAUUAAUUAAUUAAUUUA